GGCCGCGCAGUUUGGGCGCGCCGCUUUCCACUCGGGAUCACGAAUUUUUUCCGUAACGCGCAGAACAGCUCAACAACUGACUGGCAUUCACAUCUCUGCUGUCUGGGGAUAUACAACACAAGCAUGGUUUUGAAUAAAUCCUUGCGGCCUCUUUGGUCUCAAUCGAAGCAUGUCACUGAUAUAAUUGUCGCGAGCCGACGGGCACUUGCCACUACCACUGCUUCGGCAGAGGCGACGACAGAAGAAAGCGUAUCAGCUAAGGAGGAGCAGAAGUUCAAGUUAAUGGCUGGAGUCAUACUGAGUAGGCCACCGAUUGUUACACCCGAACCUACAGCAUUUGAAAAAGCAUAUCACCAUUAUCAAUCCGAGCUGUACAAGCGUCUGAGUUGGACCUUCCCCCAUUGGUUCUACUUCCCGAAGGGCUCUCUUGCGGAGAACGAGUAUAAGCGUGUGCAACCGCAAUUAACAGAGGAUGACCCUAACGUGCUCCUGAACCGCAAGCGAGAUGAAAAGCAGGAGAUCGUGUUCCCUCCCCGUUCGGUGCAGCGAGAGACUGAAGAAUCUGCUCGUAUCUACGCAAAGAUUGUCCCUCAACCAAGGAAGACCGAGGCUGAUGAGAAGAACGAUAUUACCAAGCUGGACAGAAAAUUGGACAGAACGCUGUACUUGAUUGUCAAAAAGGAGGGCGAAUUUUCUGACUGGCAGUUCCCUGCCGCCCCGAUUAGGAAGGGAGAGUCCCUGGAAGUUGCUUCUGAGCGUGUAUUGCUUGAGAAUGGUGGUGAGGAUAUGAACGUGUUCUUUGUCUCAGAGACCCCGGCUCUAUACUACAAGAAGUUUUACAAAGAAGAUGAAACUUACAAUGGCGCAAAGAUCUUCUAUCUGAAGUCGCGGAUAUUUAACGGCAUGUUCAAGCCCCAGAGAGGAAGCCAAAUCACCGACUACGCUUGGGUUACGAAGGAAGAGAUUGAAAGCUUCGUGUCUCCAAGAUACUGGACGAUCAUUGCGCCUGCUCUGAGUUUGCAUUAGGCAGAUUCGGCGCCUCUUUGAUUUAUACGGGUGCAGCAGAGUGCAAAAAAGAAUUGUUAUAUAGUUGCGUCUGUAGAUAGUGGACUGGCAUCUGACUUUGUCAAGCAGUGCUCAUUGUAUAUGUAAAUAAAUAGCCUACAACCUUCUUGAUUAGUAAUGCGAGUACUUCAUUGAUUAUUUCUACGCUUGUGUUUAUGAAG